AUGCAGGCGCAGCAGCUCCAGUACGACUUCUUCAGCGAGGAAAACGCACCGAAAUGGCGGGGGCUUCUGGUGCCUUCCCUGACCAAGGUUCUUAGCCAGGUGCACCCCAAGUUGUCCUCGAAGGAGGAUGCACUGCAGUACAUCGAGGAGCUGAUACUACUGCUGCUCAGCAUGCUGUGCCAAGCCCAGCCCCGCACUGUACUUGAUGUAGAGGAGCGUGUGCAGAAGAGUUUUCCACACCCUAUCGACAAGUGGGCCAUUGCCGAUGCCCAGGCUGCCAUAGAGAAAAGGAAGAGAAGGAACCCGUUGGCCCUGCCUGUGGAUAAGAUUCACCCGUUGCUCAAGGAGGUGCUGGGGUAUAAAAUCGACCACCAAGUCUCGGUUUACAUUGUGGCAGUCCUGGAGUACAUCUCAGCAGACAUCCUGAAGCUGGCUGGGAACUAUGUCAGGAACAUCCGGCAUUAUGAGAUCUCACAGCAGGACAUAAAGGUGGCUAUGUGUGCAGACAAGGUGUUGAUGGACAUGUUCCACCAGGAUGAGGAGGACAUCAGCGGAUUCCCUCUAAUAGAUGAGGAGCCUUCAGUCUCUGGGGAACAGAUGUAUUAUGACCUUGUUAAGACCUUCAUGGCCGAGGUGCGGCAGUAUCUACGAGACCUCAACCUCAUCAUCAAGGUCUUCCGGGAACCCUUUGUCUCCAAUACCAAGCUCUUCUCCCAUCACGAUGUGGAGAACAUCUUCAGCCGUAUUGUGGACAUUCAGGAGUUGACAGUGAAGCUGUUGGGGCUCAUUGAGGAUACUGUGGAGAUGACUGAUGAGGGCAGUCCACAUCCACUGGUAGGGAGCUGUUUCGAGGACCUGGCCGAGGAGCUGGCCUUCGAUCCGUACGAGUCAUACGCUCAGGAUGUCCUCCGCACCGGGUUUCACGACCACUUCCUGAGUCAGCUUUCCAAGCCAGGUGCAGCUUUCUACCUGCAGUCCAUAGGUGAAGGCUUUAAAGAGGCUGUUCAGUAUGUCCUCCCUCGGCUGCUUCUGACUCCUGUUUACCACUGCUUGCACUACUUCGAGAUUUUAAAGCAACUGGAGGAGAAGAGUGAGGAUGAGGAGGACAAAGAGUGCUUGAAGCAGGCCAUCACCGCCCUGCUUAACCUGCAGAGCAGUAUGGAGAGGAUCUGUUCCAAGAGCCUGGCGAAGCGUAGGCUAAGCGAGUCGGCGUGCCGCUUCUACAGCCAGCAGAUGAAGGGAAAGCAUCUGGCCAUCAAGAAGAUGAACGAGAUCCAGAAGAACAUUGAUGGUUGGGAAGGCAAGGAUAUUGGCCAGUGCUGCAAUGAGUUCAUCAUGGAAGGUACUCUAACUCGUGUGGGCGCCAAGCAUGAGCGCCACAUCUUUCUGUUCGAUGGCCUCAUGAUUUGCUGCAAGUCCAACCAUGGGCAGCCACGGCUGCCCGGCUCCAGUGCAGCUGAAUAUCGCCUUAAGGAGAAAUUUUUCAUGCGCAAAGUCCAGAUCAACGACAAGGACGACACAGGCGAGUACCGGCACGCCUUUGAGAUCAUACUGAAGGACGGCAACAGCGUGGUGUUUGCUGCCAAGUCUGCAGAAGAGAAGAGCAGUUGGAUGGCAGCACUCAUCUCAUUGCAAUACCGCUCAACACUGGAACGCAUGCUCGACCUCAGCCUCCUGCAGGAGGAGAAGGAGGAACAAAUGCGUCUGCCGGACCCUGAGGUGUACCGCUUUGCUGAGCCAGACUCUGAGGAGAAUGUUGUCUUUGAGGAGAAUGUCCAGUCCAAGUCAGGCAUCCCUAUCAUCAAGGCAGGCACCGUAACCAAGCUCAUUGAGAGGCUUACCUACCACAUGUAUGCAGAUCCUAACUUUGUUAGAACUUUCUUGACAACAUACCGGUCUUUCUGCAAGCCCCAAGAGCUCUUGACCCUUUUAAUGGAACGGUUUGACAUUCCGGAGCCCAAGCCUACAGAAGCUGACCAGUUUGCCAUCGAGAAUGGAGACCAGCCCCUCAGCGCCGAGCUAAAACGCUUCCGGAAGGAGUAUGUUCAGCCAGUUCAGCUCAGAGUUUUGAAUGUGUGUCGGCACUGGGUGGAGCACCACUUCUAUGACUUUGAAAGGGAUGCAGAGCUGCUGGUUCGGUUGGAGGACUUCAUAGCCAUGGUCCGAGGUAAGGCUAUGAGAAAAUGGGUGGAGUCCAUUACCAAGAUCAUCCAGAGGAAGAAGCAGGCCCAGGCUAAUGGGCCAAGUCACAACAUCACCUUUGAGAGUUCACCACCUCCCAUUGAGUGGCAUAUUAGCAAGCCGGGCCAGACGGAGACCUUCGACCUAAUGACCCUUCAUCCUAUUGAGAUUGCUCGACAGCUCACACUGUUGGAGUCAGACUUCUACAGGGCUGUGCAACCAUCCGAGUUGGUGGGCAGUGUCUGGACAAAGGAGGACAAGGAGUUAAAUUCACCCAACCUGCUGCGUAUGAUCCGGCACACCACCAACCUCACGCUUUGGUUUGAAAAAUGUAUUGUUGAAACUGAGAACUUGGAGGAAAGGGCAUUAGUGGUCACACGCAUCAUUGAGAUCCUGCAGGUCUUCCAGGAGCUCAACAACUUCAAUGGUGUACUAGAGGUGGUCAGCGCUAUGAACUCCUCCCCAGUGUACAGGCUGGACCAUACAUUUGAGCAAAUUCCUAGCCGCCAGCGGAAGAUCCUAGAGGAAGCCCAUGAGCUCAGUGAAGACCACUACAAGAAGUACUUGGCCAAACUCAGGUCUAUCAACCCACCCUGUGUGCCUUUCUUUGGAAUUUACUUAACAAACAUCUUAAAGACAGAGGAAGGCAACCCUGACUUCCUAAAGCGACAUGGGAAGGACCUGAUCAACUUCAGUAAGCGGAGGAAAGUGGCAGAGAUCACUGGAGAGAUCCAGCAGUACCAGAACCAGCCAUACUGCCUGCGGGUCGAGAAUGACAUCAGAAAGUUCUUUGAGAAUUUAAAUCCUAUGGAAGACAAAAUGGAGAAGGAGUUUGCUGACUACCUGUUUAACAAAUCUUUGGAGAUUGAGCCUCGGAAUGUCAGGUCUUUGCCACGAUUUCCCAAGAAGUACAGUUACCCUCUCAAGUCGCCGGGUGUGCGUCCAUCGAUAGUGCGGCCAGGCACAAUGCGCCACCCCACACCACUGCAGAACGAGCCACGCAAGAUCAGCUACAGCCGCAUCCCCGACAGCGAGACAGAGAGUGCAACGUCUGCGCCUAACUCUCCUCGCACCCCGCUGACACCACCACCUGCCUCAGCAGCUUCAAGCUCCACUGACAUCUGCAGUGUCUUCGACUCCCCCCAGGGUCCCUCCAGCCCCCUCCACUCAAACAGUGACACCAUCUUUGCACCGGUCUCACUGCCUCCCGGUCCACGAUCAUCGUCAGUCUCUUCUAUGGCGAGCUUCAACAGAAGUACAGAGGACGGCCCCGUGCCCCCACCCGUGCCCCCUCGUAGACGGCCCGAAUCGGCCCCAGCUGAAUCAUCCCCGUCUAAGAUGUUGUCAAAGCACUUGGACAGCCCUCCUGCUAUCCCGCCUCGACAGCCCACGGCCAAGGCAUACUCGCCACGCUAUUCUUUGUCGGAGCGCACAUCGGUUUCUGACCCUCCCGAAAGCCCACCCACCCUGCCACCCCGGGAGCCUGUGAGAACGCCGGACGUCUUCUCCAGCUCCCCCCUGCACCUUCAGCCACCCCCACAGGGAAGGAAGUGUGAACUGAGCCAGACCUUCUUUCCCCCAUCACCCUUCAGCCCUGCACCUCCACAGACCCCUUCACCUCUAGGACCCAGAAAGCACCUCUCUUCCCCGCCCUUGAUACCCCCGGACUGUGACCUGCUGCCUGGUGCCACCGGGCCCCCGGUACCUCCUCGCCAGAGCGCCUCACAGGCUAUCCCCAAACUACCACCCAAAACAUACAAACGAGAGCCAGUGCACACAUCCAUACCCCGAGAUUCGCUGCCCCUCCUGGAAAAUGCUAACUCCUCUUGACUGUGUAGGGAGCUUGUGCGAGAGGAAGUGAGCUGGGUGCACUAACACUAAAAUACACAAUUCCAGAAGAAAGGCACUGAAUUGAGAAGAAAAGAGAAUAGGCAGUCUGGGAUUGAGAUGUCCUGAACACAUCUGUAAGAGGACUGUCUUUUUGUUUUUUUUCCUUAUUGUACAGACAUAGGAGAUACGGCCACCAACUCUUGGGGGAUUUGUUUGUGGUGUUUAAGUGUCAUUCCCCCUCUCCAAUCCUUCAUUAUCCCUUGUAUAUUUUUAUUUUGUUCUUAGGUGAACUCAUUUCUGCUCUCAAGUUUGCAACUGGGGCUCUGACCCACGACUAUGGAACAGGACUACAAUAAAACAGCACGCUACAAAACAUGACAUUUUAUGGGUUUGAACAGGCUCAUUUUUGACUCAUAAAAAUAAUAAACCAUGUUUCCUAUUAUAAAAUAAAUAGGCACUAAGAUUAUGCUUUAAGGAUAUGAAUGACUGGAACAAGUCCCAUGGUGCAGUUGUGAGAUGCUGGAGGAAGACCCCUUUAUAUGUGCAAAGCAUUGCUUCACUUCAUGCUCCGCUGGACAGAAAGCAACUUGGAGAUCGGCCUUUGGGGUGUUUAGAGUCUUAUUUUUAUUUUACUUCAAGGUGAGUGGUUGUGCCAGUAGUCGCAGAGUACCAACAUUAAAGGUACCCUCCACACCAAAGAGGUACUUUAAAGCAUUGUGAAACAGGUUUAUUGUUAUGUUUUUGUGAUUAAAGUAUGUAAAAAUUGCCUUUAAACAAGGGAAUAAAAGUGUUUUUACCAUUGUAAAUUGCAGUCUGCCAGUGAGGAAGAAAAGCAUUGUCAAAGCCUGAAUUUAAAGUAACAAAAUUAACCAUGUAAAGUUUUCCCUGCAAAUCCAGUCAUCAUCAUAUUCAAGAGUAUACUGAAAUUUACCUGCUAAAAAUACCAUGUUUCUAAUGUACAUGUUGCUUUGUUACUUUUUUCAGAAAUAUACAUUGAAUGUCACUGGGUGCCACUAAUAUAUUGCUUUGCCAGUAUUUUUAAGGGAUUGUACCAACAGUCAAAUGUUGGCAUCUGCCAGUAGUGCAUUUUACCAAUUUGGAGUUUGCGCCUCCCCUCACUGCCUUAAAGGAGUGGUUGAAGUUGUAGACAUUAGCAGGACUUGGACUGUACGUGUUCCACAUGUGUUGCAUUGGAGUACCAGCAGCCCUGUACCUGUCCUCUAUAAAACGAGUCUUGACUGUAGUCUGCACCACGUCUCCAUACCUCCGUUGGUCUUUUUGCACUUACAGGGAGACGAUGCUCAGAACACCUGCUAGCAGUCUUGUCUUCAAGCACUUUCUUAGUUUAUCAAUGUCAUUCUCAAUAUUCCGUGAUCCUUUCCUCACACAUAUUAAUGGACAGGUGUGUGUGUGUGUGUGUGUGUGUGUGUGUGUG